UGUGUGUGAGAGAGAGCGAGAUAGAGAGAGAGAGUGUGUGUGUAUGUGCGUCUUUCCAGUGUUUGCAUGUAUGUGGAGGAGAGCGGCGAUAGGCUGCGGUCAUGUCACGAGCGCCGGGCUGUGGCACGAGCGCAUCCGAGUAAUCCCACUGAGGCGAUAACAGAGCGGACACGGAGACAGGGGGCUGAAACACAGCGAUGGGAGGGCAAAUCACGCGGAAUGCAUUUUACGACUCUCUCGGUGGCCCGUUCCCGUCUACAUCCCACCGAUGUCACCACAAGCCCAAGAGGUGCCUGCCCAUCCAGUGUGGCAGCCUGGGCGGGCCCCUCCCUGUCAGCCCCCUGCUUUUCCACCCCAACGCCAAGGGCUCGCAGAUCGUCAUGGACCAGGCCCAGAAGACCGUGAAGAGGCAGGCAAGCUUCUGCAACGCCAUCACCUUCAGCAACAGGCCCAUCGUGCUGUACGAGCAAGUCCGCCUCAAGAUCACUAAGAAGCAGUGCUGCUGGAGCGGGGCUCUGCGUCUGGGCUUCACGUCCAAAGACCCCUCCAGGAUAAACCCAGACAACCUGCCUAAGUACGCCUGCCCCGACCUGGUGUCCCAGAGCGGCUUCUGGGCCAAGGCGCUGCCCGAGGAGUUCGCCAACGAGGGCAACGUCAUUGCCUUCUGGGUGGACAAGAAAGGCAGAGUCUUCUACCGCAUCAACGAGUCCAGCCCCAUGCUGUUCUUCAGCGGCGUGCGCACAGCUGAGCCCCUCUGGGCUCUCAUUGAUGUUUACGGUCUGACCCGCGGAGUGCAGCUGUUAGACAGUGAGAUCGUCCCUCCGGACUGCCUCCGCCCUCGCUCCUUCACCACGGUGCGCUCCUCCUCGCUGCGCCGAGAGGCCGACGACUCCCGCCUCUCCGUCAGCCUCUGCGACCUCAACCUGCAGCAGGAAGACGGCGGGCGCGGCCACGCCCACCGCCACACGCUGCACCUGGCCUCCGCCUCCUCGUCCUCCGCCUGCCCCAUCCCGCAGAACUCCCUCAACUCGCAGCAGUCGUCCCUGCUCCCGUCGGCGCUGGAGAGCGACCUGCACUUCCACCAGCUGCGCGGCGCCCACAUCAAGACGCUGGACGAGCACACGGUGGCGCGGUCCGAGCACGCGCGCGAGGAGCGCACGCUGGUCUUCACCAACCGGCCGCUGCGCACCGGAGAAACCGUCUUCAUCAAAGUCACCAAGUCCAGCCCGGCGCGCUCGGGGUCUCUGUCGUACGGCGUGACCUCCUGUGACCCGGCAGUGCUGCGCCCCAGCGACUUGCCCUACAACCCCGAGGCGCUGGUGGACCGCAAAGAGUUCUGGGCGGUGUGCCGCGUGCCGACGCCCCUGCAGAGCAGCGACAUCCUGGGCUUCCUGGUCAACCACGAGGGCGAGGUCAUCCUGAGCCACAACGGCACCAACGUGGGCAUGCAGGUGUGCGUGGACAACUCCCGUCCACUGUGGAUGUUCUUCGGCCUGCACGGCGCCGUCACACAGCUGAAGAUCCUGGGCUCCACCCAUCUCGGGGACCCUCGGGCCACCUCCAGCCCCGGCUCGCCCUCCUCCUCCCCUCGCACCCCCAGCGCUCUGGGCAGCGGCAGCUCUGACCCGGUUCUGAAUGGCGGCCUGUGCUCGGCGGCGUACUGCGGCUCGGCGGGAGGAACGACUCCGAACUCCCCGAUCAGCCUCCCAAAGUCGCCCACCUUUCCGUCGGGCCGCGGGCCGUGGUCGGACGAGUGCUCCAUCUGCUACGAGAACGCGGUGGACACGGUGAUCUACGCCUGCGGACACAUGUGUCUGUGCUACACCUGCGGCGUCAAGCUCAAGAAGAUGUCCAACGCCUGCUGUCCCAUCUGCAGGAGGCAGAUCAAAGACAUUAUCAAGACGUACCGCAGUACGUAAGGACGGAGACGGCGAAGCAGCUCUUUGACGGGUUGGAGCCGUGUCUUCGGAUGGCGGACGCACCGUGAGUCCUGAAUGUCUCAGAUCAUUUGCUCUCUUCAAAGAGGAGCCCGACGUCGACCUGAAGAAAGAGAAGCGCAGCGGGAAGUCAACUCAGAACGCCACAACUUGUGUCUGUGUGUUACUGAGAGCUGGAGACAGACACGCCAGGUUCUCCGUUAUUGUCGUGGUGAUUAUCAGUGAGUGACGUGUUUAGAGACGCGAGGCGGUAGGAUUGUAACACCUCUUGUACUCAUGUAAUCUUCUAAUGUUCCUUUUCUGGUAGUUCUCUUGCGAAACGUUGGUGGUAGCUAUGUUUUCGUGCUAGCUAGCUAGCUGCUUCGCCCUGCAGUGUGGUGUGUUGCACUGGAAUCAGUAAUCGUAUUCUGAGAGACGCCCCUUCGCUGGAGAGCGAGACAGAGAGGAGCAAACCGUCCCUGUAACGCUUUUCUGUCCAGCUUAAAGCAGGUCAGAGACUUCAAAAGGAACAUUUCAACAAAGCUUCGACACCAAUAAAGGAAGUGGAGUGCGGACGGUGUAUAUGAACUUUGAGAAAACUUUAGAGGUUUAUGGUAUCACAGAUUUUUUGUUUCCUUUGGUAAUUUUUUUAGCAAGAACACAUUAAAGAUGCAGUAUGUCAAUUAUAAGUAAUGGAACUUCCGUGCAGUAGGUGGCAGUAGUGAGUCAGUGCAGUUUGUUUUCAGUAAAGUUGUGUUUUUUUCAGUCAGUAUAUGAGAUUAUUUUUCCCUUUCAAACUACAGGUCAGAUGCAAAUCUGGACCACUUGAUGCUAGCUGUUAGCACGCUAACCUACAACAGGUUUUUUUUUUUCUUCAUCUUUUCAUUUGUGCUCUUUCUUUAUUUUUUUUCUUCUUUAUUUUAAAUUCAAAAUAUUAUGAACUGUAAAUUUAAGAUCUUGCAUAUUUAAACUGAAAAGUGUUACACAAACCAAAAAAAUAAAUAAAUCAACACUCUUCGAUGAAACAAUCUCCAAAGCAGGUUCAGCAGCUCCGAAAGGAAACAGAAAGUCACAAAUUCUUUAAAAAAAAAAAAAAAGAAAAAGAAAGAAAGUAAUGUGGAUACUCCUCAGGGCCGAUUCUGUCUUUUUUUAGGAACUACACCCAAACUGGACCCACUGUGAGCCCUGAAAAACAGCUCCCAAACACACGGAUUGUUGCCAUUGUACCAGCCUUCUGCCUUAACACACACACGCACACACACACACACACACACACACACACACACACACACACACACACACGGAUGUAUCACUUCCUGUAUUUUCUGAUAAACCCAUCACAAAAUCACUCAGAGGAGAAUAAAAAAAAAACAAGCACAAAAAGCUAUUUUUGUACCAGAAAAUCCAAAUUUCGGGAAUUUUUUCUCAGUGAAAUUGUACAACAGUGUUUUUGUGGAAGGACUUUCACCAGCAGCGUCUUUUACACUGAUCCGUUCAGGGGCAGAAGGUAUUAAAAAAAAAAAAAUCUAUAUAAAGGCUGACAUUUCCAAUCAGUUGUGUUCCUCCCACACCGUCAUGAGUUCGAGAUUUCAGUCCCUUCUCCAUCCUGGACACAGAAGACGCCAUAGCUGUGUCCUGAAGAUGAACUGUCCUCCUCCUUUUUGUAGAUAAUCAACAAACGGGGCUCCACAACCUCUGCUGCUACGUCCACUCCUCCCACUCCGCUACUGCUUGAAGUGUUCGAUCACAUUUUGAAUGUUAACUUAUGUAUUUAGAGAGAACAACAACAACAGUGAAAAAAAAAAUCUUUAUUUGUGUGCUUCACUGAGAAAAAAAAAAGUUUUUGUGUUUUUGAAUUGAUAAUCAUGCUUUUUUUUUCCUUUUUCUUUUUUUUGUGAAAAAAAAUCCCUGAAAAUACAAGUUUAUGUUGUAGUUUUUGAAUAUUUGCAGUACACAAUCAAAUCAGGUGCAACUUUGAAAGUUUUUAUUUACAAUCCCUGAAUGUCUUUUGUUUCUUUUGUAACUUGUGGUGUUAGGGAAACGUAUUUAUAGCUCUUCUCCUGAUGUGGUCUGACAGCCGUCGCUGUACGGUGGAGAGAAAUGUCACUUUAUGAAGCUACUGAUUGUAAUCUAGUCAAAAAUGUUCAGGCUGACGUUGCUCUCCGAGAUCCACCAACGCCGUCUUUAUAUUGAGUUGACCAAAUUCAAAAAAUGUCAUUUCUUUGUGUAAAUGUUUAAUUUUUAUUAUUAUUAUUUUUCCCAGAAAUCACCUUUUUUUUUUUUUUUUUUUUGGACCACAUCAGAAAACCUCCAGAUUGUCUGAAGAGUUCGACUGUAAAAUUGUUAUAUUUGUACAUUUAAAUGUUUUAAGUUUUUUUACAUCUAGAAUUCUCCUCAAAUGUUACUGAUCCUUCAUCGUGGUGGUUUUCAAAGUGUGGGGCGAGACACCCUCUGUAAGUCAGAAAGCAACAUGGCCGCUGCUCGCAAAGUUCAGACAUUUCUUCAUAUUUUACAUCAUAUUUAGAAAAUACUGAGGCAGACCUGUUUGUAAAAGUUAAUAAUAUAACACAUUAUUAUAUCAUUAGUCUAGCAUUAUGAUGCUAUAUGAUGAGAACAACAUGAAAACUGCUGUUUAUACUAGCAUGCUAACCUUCAGCAGCCAUAUUGAAAAACAAAAGUCACAUUUCCCAACGUGAAGUAGGGCAGAUUUUUAGUUUUUAUCUCCAAAAUUUGAAAAAAACUACUCAGAAUCCUGAGUUCCCUGAACAACCAAGCUCAACAUAUUCCUUAGCUGGUUAGCUAACAUAGCAUUCCAGCUAGCACUCAAAUAUUAAAGGUACAACAAGUAAGAAUUUUACUAUAAAAUUAGUUAAAAUCAUUCCCAUUUUUUACCCGUCAUUGAAGAAACAUUCCCUUUAAACAAUCUGGCGUCUCCAUCAAUAGAAGUCCUUUUAAAGUUUAUUCUUUCAAAAUGAGAGUUCCCAAAUGGAACGUCUUCGGUGGGCGGGGCUAAACGUCCCUCUUCUGGGUUCCGGACCAAUCAGAUGUCAGUUCCCGAGGUUGUCAAAGAAGCAGCGCAGCAAUCCGUAUUUUCUGUCGGCCACCUGAACUGUCUGAACUGACUUAAAGUCUCCCAAAACUGGCGACCUGCUCGACGCUCUCCAGAGAGGAGGAGGGGAAGAACGUUAUGUGACGUAAUGUUAGUUAUUGAAAGUUUAACGUAUCAUGACGUCAUUAUCUUCAACGCACCAAGUUGCGGUGUUCCCAUUUGCUUGUUCAGAGUGUGAAGAAAAACAUUCUCAAACUUCCAAAGCAUUAAAAAUGGAACCUCAAGUGACUAUUCAUGCUGCAACGUAUGCUGGAAAAUGUUGGCUUCCUCGAAGCUGUCCCAAGUUUGACACUGAAAUUAUGACCUCCUUUAAAACAUUCAAUCAACUAUUCCAGAAUCUAUCUGUAAUGCUCUACAACCAUCAUCGGUUAGCUAACACCAGACGUUUGAAAGCUCAGAAUACUUCAUAUGGAACGACAACGCUGUGUUGGAAAAUACAGGUUGGACUGUUCCAGCUACCACAGACUGGCUAAUUCAGUAAGUUGUUCCUGCACUACAGAGUACAGACACAAAAGCUUUAAGCUUCAGUGUGUAAUUCUAAUCUUAAAGGAACAAGGCUUUGAGCUUUUCAGAAUGUUCAAAAAAAAAAAAAAAAACCCUCAGAAAUUCUGAGUAAAAGUUUCAUGUUGAAUCAUAAAAUUAU